AUGCUAACAAUGUAUGAUAAUCACAACGCGAUAAAGACUGAAAGAGUGGCCACAUUCAACUCAGCUGCUGGCGGUGCAGUACCAUCCGAGUUUUAUUUAAGUCAAGAAUUUUACUGCGGUAAAAACGUAUACCUUUUCCUGUCUGAGCUCUACAGCGAUAUAUACAAUAUCGGUAGAGGGAUCACCCCUUACUGUAGGGGUCGUGGUUUCUAUUUCCUCGGUUUUGUGCAUUUCAUGGACGACAAUAAGUACUUCCUGGAAGAGGACCCGAGCGUUGCGUUUCAAAUGGACAAUUAUAUACACGGGUUGGAAUGCCAUCUUGGUAUAUGUAUUUUUAGAUUUCCGUUUAAAAAGAGCCUGCAACACGUAAGAGACGUGUCAACACUGCCAAAGGCGAUAGUCAAAUGCGGCCUCAUAAUGUACAAACUACCGCCACUAACUGCCGUGUCCUGUAUUAUAACAUCCGGUUCCUUCAUAUUGGACUUUAAUAUACAAGGGAUUCGGUAUAGACAUUUCGAUUAUAUGUUGUUUUUACCAAACGGACACACCUAUUACACGAAAGAGAAGUUCACACCGCUAGUAUGUGAUCACCACGUAUGCGAAUGGAACAAUACUAACUUCUAUGGAGGACCAUUCAUAAUUCCGGGAGAUCCCGGCUCGGGACUAUCUCCAAUCCCACCGUUCAUCGAGCAGACGACAGAGGCAUACACCCUUGCCUCCACGGAGCCUCCUCACGACUACGCUAAUAUAACUUAUACACUGGACGGGUGUUGGUUCAUGUUCCCGCCCAACUACGGCUCCAUUGCCGGCAUCAGCUACCUCGACCCUCUUUCCGUCAACGAGUACAGAUACACGUGUUCAGGCUCAGGGAAUAAUAAGGGUCUAUACUGGUAUCCGCAAUGGAUGGGGGCACCCCCCCACCAUCCCUACCCACGUUCCGGGGAUGACACGUCAGAUCUACAAGAGUCUAUGCAGGGCGCGUUCUACCCUCACAUACAAGGGCAGAUACCGCCGGAACUUCAACUACCCGUUAAAAAAGUUUUUGUUGAUAAUGAAUAAAAUGUAUAACUGAA